AUGAAUACUAUUUUAUUAGAUUUACUAGCUUUUGGUUCUGUAUUAUCAGGUAUUUUAGUAAUUACAUCUAGAAAUCCUAUUAUUUCUGUAUUAUUUUUAAUUUCAGUAUUUGUUAAUGUUUCUUGUUAUUUAAUUUUAUUAGGGAUCAAUUUUAUUGGUCUUACUUAUUUAAUUAUUUAUGUAGGAGCAGUAGCUAUUUUAUUCUUAUUCGUUGUAAUGAUGAUGAAUAUUAAACUUGUUGAAUUAACAGAAGUAAAUCAAAAAGGAGAAUACACUAAUACUUUACCUCUAGGAGCUAUCGUAGGAUCAUUAUUCUUAUAUGAAUUAGCAUUCCAACCUGUACCUUCAUCUGUAUCUGGAAUGAGUUCUACAAUUUAUAAUUUAUUUGAUGAAAUUAAUUUAUUAUCUGUAAAUACUUCAUUUAAAGGAACUGCCUUUAAUUCAGCAGGAAUUGAGGCUUAUACUAGUUUCAAUAAUUUAUGGGAUAAUGCAUUUACUUCUUUCCAACAACUGGAAAGUGUAGGUUCUUCUUUAUAUACAGUUCAUAUGAUGUUCUUAAUUAUCGCUAGUAUGAUUUUAUUAUUAGCUAUGAUUGGACCUAUUGUUCUGACUCAUAAACCUACAAAACGAUUACACUAA